CUACAAUCAUAUUUCUCCUUUUUGUUUUAAAUAGAGAAAUAGGCUGCUCGUCAUUUUUCUUCAAGCAUGGGAGAAGAUUUCGAUGAGAUUAAUGACUUUCUGGGGAACGACUUCUACGAUGAAGAACCUGUGAUCGACAAUGAUAAUGAGAAUCCAGACGAUCACGAAUUAAACAACUUACUGGAGAAAGAGAACAAGGAGGCAGUGAAGAAACGCCAUAAAAUUGGACCACAACCAAAGCUUAAUGAAGCUACGCUAACUGGGCCCAAAGGGAUUCAAGCUUUGAUGGAUUCAUUCAAAAAUUACAAACCUGAUCCGUCCAAAGAUCCAUAUGACAAUCUAGAUGUCAUGCUGAAGAAAUAUGAGCACUGGGCACAUGUCAUGUUUCCGAAGUUAAAAUUUGAAGACGUUGUAAGCAGAUGUGAAGCACUCGGAGAAAAGAGAGCUGUAAAGGUCUACAUGACGAAAUCUCGACUAGGUAUGCCGCUUACCGAUGAAGAUUUUGCCCCGUUUAGGAAGAACAAUAACCAGAUCAUCGAUGACGCGGCCAAUGAUGAUGGUACAACCAUAAUUAAUCGUGAAGAAGACGAAGAUGAUGAGAACUAUUAUGAUCCUUUAGAGUCCACUGUGGAAAAGGAAAAGACGAAAUCUCAAAGGGAUGUUACUGAUACAGAACAUCAAUCGGCUUCUCCUAGCGCGCUUGAAAUAGAUGAAGACAUGAUGGAGGCAGCAAAUGAAGCUGCAAAACUUGCCGCAGAGGAAGAGGCGAGGCGAAGAGAAGAAGAAGAACUUGCAUUAGCAGACGAAGUCAUGGAAGAUUUUGACAUGUAUUGAUCUCGAAUAUCUUGCUGUACAUUUUUACUUAAUUAUAGAACUGUUGGUGUCUUACCGCCGUUACAGACUUACUAAACUUUAGCGUAUGGCUUGGCUACUGCAGAUAUCACUUUUACCGUUGUCACCCUUAUUACCAUUGUCAAGAGGCACGAGAAAUCUGCUCGACUGUAAGUGCUUAAAAUCUAGGUUCGUUACCAAAUAUUUUCGAAUUUGAAGCAGCAACGACGCAGUAAAGCAAGUGAGUUUGUCAAAAAUAUAUGAGUGGGUUAAGGUACUGUCACCAAAUCCACGGUAGCCUGAUGGUCCCAAUGCUUGCAACAGACUAGCUUUUUCUUUAGUUGAACA